AUGGAAGAGAAGUCUAGUCACAGUCCUGUGUCAAGCUAUCCUGAAGAGUCCACGGGUUAUGGCGAAAAAGCUCCUCCAGAUUACAAUGGCAAUGAUAUUCAAACAGAAGGGCUUAUAUCCGAAAAUGUCGAUGGUCUCAAACGACAGCUUUCGGGAAGACAAAUUCAAAUGGUAACCAUUGGUGGUUCAAUUGGUACAGCUUUGUUCAUAUCCAUUGGAUCGGGACUUACACAAGGUGGACCGGGAUCUCUACUCAUUGCCUUCAUCUUAUACAGUUGUUUCCUUGGGUUAGUUAAUAAUUGUAUGGCUGAGAUGUCAAUCUUCAUGCCGGUUAGUGGAAGUUUUGUGAGGAUGGGGAGUAAAUGGGUUGACGAAGCCUUCGGAUUUAUGCUGGGGUGGAAUUUCUUCCUUUAUGAGGCUAUAUUGAUUCCAUGGGAGAUUAGUGCGUUGAAUUUGGUGUUGACUUUUUGGAGUGAUAAUAUACCCUUAGCAGCUGUCUGCGCUGGAUGUAUCUUUCUCUAUGGUGUUAUUAAUCUUUUUGCUGUUAAAUGGUAUGGAGAAAGUGAGUUUUGGCUGUCUGGUGGUAAGGUAGUGUUGAUCGCUAUGAUAUUUUCCUUCACAUUUAUCACAAUGGUCGGAGGAAAUCCAAAACAUGAUGCAUAUGGGUUCCGUUAUUGGAAAGAACCUGGUGCAUUUGCCGAAUACGUCACUACGGGAUCUUUGGGUAGAUUUGAAGGAUUUCUUGCCGCGUUAUGGAAAGCCGCAUUUACUAUUGUUGGGCCUGAAUACAUUGCUAUGAUGUCGGGUGAAGCCUCGCAUCCCCGCAAAAACCUCAAGCGAGCUUUCAAGACGAUCUACUGGAGAUUUGGAGUCUUCUUUAUCGGAGGAGCUCUAGCAUGCGGAAUAGUCAUUCCAUACAACGAUAAGAAACUAAUUGCUAUCCUUUCGAGUGGUGGCUCGGAGACUGGAACUGCAGCUUCCAGUCCCUAUGUUCUUGCUAUGCAAAAUUUGGGAAUUGGCGUACUUCCGCAUAUUACAAAUGCCUUACUCGUGACGAGUAUCUUUUCCGCUGGUAAUUCCUAUGUUUACUGCGCAUGUCGUACAUUGUACAGUCUCUCGCUCGAUGGACAUGCCCCACGUUUCCUCCACAAAUGCACCAAGUCUGGUGUACCAAUCUACUGCUUUUGCGUCACCAUGAUCUUUCCCUUUUUAAGUUUCCUUGCAGUGGGCAACAGUUCGGCUCAAGUCAUCACAUGGCUCGCAAAUCUUACCGAAGCCUCACAAAUCAUAGAUUACAUUUGCAUGUGUACUAUUUAUAUAUUCUUUUAUAGAGCAUUAAAGGCACAGGAUAUUGAUAGAAGUACACUGCCUUAUGUAGGGUGGGAUACCGGAACAUUCUUCUCUUAUUAUACUAUGGUAUUCGUCUGUCCAAUACUUUAUGGGGGAUGGAAAAUUGUCAAGAAGACCAAAGUUGUAAAACCAGAAGAGGCGGAUCUUGUAUGGGAAAGACCAAUUAUCGAUGCGUACGAAGCGACUAUGGCUGAAAAACACAUAUCGUUCUGGGAGGAAGUAAAAAUCAUGAUGGGGUUCGGAAAGAAGGAAGUGCAUGUGGAAUAA